AUGCCAUCGCGGUCAAGCUCCUCGUCCUUCGAGAGACUCUCCCAACAUCCUGAUGAAUAUUCACUGAAAUCACAAGAUGACUCCGGCAGUAGCCAAGCGGUAGCACGUAAUGGCCGGGAUAGCUUUGACCCCGCGCCAGCCAUCCGCGAACAGAGCACGAGCGAGCCUCUGCUCCCAACAUCAAACCCUCACUCUGUCCAGCAACAGAAGCGCUUCUCAUGCUCUGUUGGCGGCAUUUGGGAGUGGAUGCGUGGCCCAUCGCCGCCGCAUAAGUACCGAAUCAACCCUUGGCUAGGCCGAUGGCAAACGGCUCCCGGUCGUCUCAUCGAGCGAUACUUUCACAGCACGAAGACAAGAUUCUGUCUCCUUUCCGCCUGUCUCCUACUGUGGGGCGCGGCGUUUAUUUCUAUUUUACAUGUCAGCGUUGCGGGACAGGAGAUACCCGGCCUUGGAAGCCCUGUGAAGCUUUCUUGCUCAAGUAGACUUUGGAGCAACGCAACUAACUGCGGUCUCGAUGGAGAUUACUGUCGUCCGUUCGAUGGAGAAACGUUUGCGUUCCGGUGCCCUGCGGGUUGCUCGGGCUUCAUGGUCCUCGAGCCAUAUUUUGUAGGCCCAAAGGAAAUCAACUAUCAGCACCUGGUCAUCGGAGGUGCUGCCGCCGAAAGCCAGCCUGACUCUGUUUAUAGAGGCGAUUCCUCCAUCUGCCAAGCUGCAAUGCAUGCCGGACUACUAGAAGAUAGUAAAGGCGGCUGCGGCAUACUUCGUCGAACAGGCGAGCAGAAGAAUUUCCCGGCAGUCGACAGGAACGAAAUCUCAAGCGUCGAUUUCCCGUCUCACUUCCCCUUAUCUUUCACAUUUGACACUGGCGCGUCAUCAGAACACAGCGGCUUGGACUGCCAGGAUAUCCGCUGGCCGCUCUUCACCUUCUCCGUGGUCGUAUCAACAAUACUCUCUCUGGUCGUCGCAUCCCCAGCCGCGUUCUAUGCAUCUAUUUUCUUCAUCGUCUACUUUCAAGUUGCCCUCUCCUCCGACCCCCCAUACUCGCCAGAUUACUAUGAAAUCGUCUCAACCGCGCUAGGCCGCUUCCUCCCGUGCGCCUUCGUCGGCUUCGCAAUCUACCAUUUCUGUAUCCGGCACACCCUAUCCGACCUAACAGCACACUGGGACAAGACGAUCCUCUGGCUGGGGCCCUGCUGGGUUGGCGCCCUCAAUACAGACACCUUCGACAAAAUCCCCAUAUCUCGCCUAACACCCCACGACAUCCAGCAACAGCCCGGCGCCAUUCCGGCCCUCAUCAUCAUUAUAGUCAUUUUGGUUGCAAUUGUCAUCACGCAGGCCCUCGCCUUCCGCAACGAGGGGCGUAUGCCGAAAAUGCUGGCGCUCUAUGCUACACUUAUCGCCGGGAUAGUUAUCCUUCUCCUCGUACCAAGCAUGAACCUCCGCAUCCAUCACUAUAUCCUUGCUCUUCUUUUCCUUCCCGGUACGACGCUCCAGACGCGUCCUUCUCUACUGUACCAGGGCCUUCUGGUAGGCCUCUUCAUCAACGGCAUUGCGCGCUGGGGAUUUGAUUCAAUCCUCCAAACAUCCGCUUCCCUACUCGACGGCGCGCAGCUCGGCUCUAUGCUCCCAUAUAUACCACCGGAUAUCAUUACCAUCCCCUCAGGAAACCCAGAUAUCAUCUCCUUCGCUUUUAGCUCUCUCCGAUCUCUACCCUCUGACAUCGAUGGUCUCAGUGUAAUUGUGAAUGACGUCGAGAGAUACCACGCGUUUCGGUCUGAUGGUGCCGUUGACGUGCGACUUCCGGAUUUGAACUGGACGCGUGUUGUACCUGGCGAACCGGAGUACUUCCGGUUUGGGUUCAUAGUAGAAAAUGCAUUGGGUGGGUUUUGGUAUGAGGAUUUUACAAGGCCUAUAGUUUGGGACUCGGAUGGGAGGUGGAAUGUUUCUGUUUCUAGCUCUGAGGGUGGGCGAAACUCUAUGUAA